AUGACUCCUUCGACUUCUAUGGAUCCUACCGAGGACAACUACUGCAAGGCACAGUCAAAGGAUGGCUCACGCUGCCAGUGUGAGUUAUAUCUCCCUCCUCAGGAUUCCGCACCUCCCCUUCAGUGUCAAGAAUGUACGCAUGGGCCCAGCAAGCACCCAAAAGCACCAACAUCGACCUGGUCACAGAGAUCAGCAAUGCCUGCUGCGUCUGAUGCCGGGUUAUCUGAUGUGCAAAAAGUUCGUGACAUUGCUCAAAGGGAUGUCACUGCCCAUUGUUCUUCACAACCUGUGCCAAGGAAGCCAUCCAACAAGAAGGAUAUUGAUGAAAUCAAAGUUGGCCAGUGGAUCUUACUGGUCAAUAGACUUGAUCAAGCUGGCCGGCUUAGUAAUGUAAAAGUGCCAGGCUGA